GGCACCGCAGCACUGAGCACACGCGCAGCGGCGGCAUCAGCAGCAGCAGCAGCAGCAUCAGCAGUGGAGGAAAAUUCAAACAGAGUCCCAAGCAGGGACAGACAGGGUCCACGACGUCCCCUGUCCGAACCAUACACAGGGCUAACGGACGCACUAGAGGAAACGGUGCUUUUUAAAAGCACUACUUCAUUUUAACGUUUGUUUUUAACGUGAGAAGUACGUGAACAGGGAACUUUGCUCCCCAGAGCAGCAGUUUUUUGGGCAGGAAAGCCGGUGUGUGGAGAACAGCGUCAGCCUAAAACUUCGCUGCCUCUCACAGCUUGGUUUAAGAAUUAUUUCACCAGUUAGUUCUGUCUUUGAAAAAGUUGUUUUUUUAGAGUAAGCUCAGGUUUUUGUUAAAUCUCUUUAAUUUUGAAAUUACAAAAGCAAGGAAAGAAACUCGGAAGAGAAGUGGAUGUAUUUCCAGCCAUGGAUGUAACAGUUUACCCGCCUCCUCCUCAGUCUCUAGCCGCGCCAGACCACAAUAGAUUGGGACAGAUUUCCUACCCUGACCCGGCCUUUGGGACCAACAAGCUGGAUGGGGACACCAUGUUCCUGGGUAUGCCAGAACCAGGCCUUGACUUCGCCUCAACCAAUCAGUUUCGUGUGCCACAUCCCCCUCACCCUCUCAACAAGGUGACACCACCCUCACAGCACUGGAGGAGAGACGCACACAUGGCCGAAACACAUCGCCUGCCCUGGUCAUACCCAGUCAGUGGUUUGGGCGAUGAUGAUUUCAACAUUCCACCCAUCACUCCUACCCUGCCAGAUCACAUGGUACCCCCUCACCUCCCCCACAACUCCCCGUCUGGACCGUAUCACUCUCUGGACCCUCCCUCCAAUUCAGCUCCACACCACCCCUACCAGUUGCAGGGCAUGGAUUUGCCCAGCAUGCCUGGUAACCAGGAUGGGGCCACUAUGUUGAGCCAAGAUGGAAGCACAUUCAGCCGGGAUGGUGGCCCAAUGACUAGCACUCUGUCUGUGAUGCAGCAGAUGGUGAAUUCAGAUUCUCGGUUUACCAGCAGCCAACAGCCAAUUGAAGCAGCGCUUGGGCCCAAGAGCCAAUCAGGCAUGAGCCAGCAAAACCAGUUGUCCACCAUCAACCAAUCCCAGCUGGGACUGAGUGGGAACUCUGCUACCCAUAAUUCCCCUUCACCUCCUGGAAGUAAAUCUGCCACUCCAUCUCCCUCCAGUUCAGCACACGAGGACGACAAUGAUGAUGGACUCAGGGGAGAGAAGAGGCCAGCAGCAGCGGACAUCUCCAAGAAACCGAAAACGCCAAAGAAAAAGAAACGAAAGGACCCCAAUGAACCAGUGAAGCCAGUGUCUGCCUACGCGUUGUUCUUCAGGGACACCCAGGCUAAUAUCAAGGCACAGAACCCCAAUGCCACCUUUGGGGAGGUGUCAAAAAUUGUGGCCUCCAUGUGGGAUGGUCUGGCAGAAGAAGAGAAACAGGUGUACAAGAAGAAGACUGAGACAGCUAAGAAGGAGUAUCUCAAACAGCUGGCUGCCUACAGAGCCAGUCUGGUUUCACAGAGUUACAAUGACCCAUCUGAAAUGAAGCAAACCCACUCUUCCUCCUCAUCUUCCCCCUCUUCUACCUCCAUGAUUACACCCAAACAUUCAGUGUACCCUGGUCACCCAGGGCAGCACCCUUCCUCCAGCCCACUCAGCCACCCUCUCCCUCCUCAUCACCAUCAAGGCAUGUACAUGCCCUACCCUCACCCCUCACACCCUUCCCACACCUCGAGCCCUGGCCUCAGCCCCCAUCUUCCCCCUCCCCACCCUCAGAUACAUCCCCAGCUCCAGGCUCUGUCCUCCAGAGGGACGGUGCCACGAGCCAGCGUCCCCCAUCAGGGAGCCAUGUCCCUUGGCACUGUAGCGGCCGCAUCCACCCCUCCUCUCCAGAUCAGCCCUCCGCUCCACAGCCAGGCACACCUGGGAGGGCUGCACAAUCCACACCAUCAGCACCAGCAGCUCAGUGGCCACUCAAUGGGAAUGGCACACUCCCCUGCUAUGACACAGGGCUACCUUCCCUCCCUCCAAUCUGACUACCAGCCAAUAGGUGGAGGUAUCAUGAACAGUGGAGCAGUGAUGUCAUCAUCGGUGGAUUACCACCAGAUGGGUCGGCAUACACCGAAUCAUCACCCCUCUCUGGACUGGAGCACUGAUUACCAUGGCAACGGGGCUCUCCAGAGAGACAAACCUCUGUAUCUGAGCUAAUCUCAGGACCAAAUGGCAUCAACCUUCUGCCAAGCCCUUCUACUGCCACACCACAGAACCUCCAGCUUGUUCUCUCCAUCCUUAAACACAGCGAGAGCCAAAAAUCAGACUCACAGUGGAUCGUCUAAAUCCGUAAUAAAUUAGUUUAUCUCUUAAAAUAAUAGUUCCAGCAACAGAAGAAUGGAACAUUUCUCGAGAAUGCUGACAAAACAUCUGCAUUUGGCGCUUUCUACUGUCUGUUUACUGCAUUGUACCACCAUUGAACUGAAAAUGUGUACACCAGCAUGGAGAGGUAUAUUGGUGUAUAUACUCCAACCUUUGUCUGAUUUCCCAUCUGCCCCAGUUCCUCUUUUGCAAGGAUGGUGUUUACAAUUAGUUGCUGUAAAUUGCUGUAACAUAAUCUUUUCAGUUGUCCAUAUAAGGACAAUUACUCGUUUCUUUUUUCUUUAACUCAUACUUGCGGUCUCCUUCUAUAGCCAAAGUCAGAGGAACGGCAAAAAAAACAAAAUGUUAUUAACCAAAUACGACACAAAUUGUGUUUGAUAACUGGUUCUUUAAUCACAUGAACGUUAGCCCUCAGUUUGAUGCCGUCUGGUCUGAAGUCCCACUCGGUGUCUGCAGAGACAGAGAACAUAUGGUUACUGUGAGUGUGGAACACUGCGAUAAUGACUGAAAUCCCACCGCUUCGUUCGGCUCAAGACAAAUUGGAAAAAGAUCUGGAAGAGCACCUGAAGCUGUUUGUUUAACCAGGCACCGACUGUGAAUAAUUGUGUACGAUUAAAGAACGUUUGUUGUUCUCUUGAUGAAAUCCACUGUAUUUUAGUCCAUGAAAUAAUAAAAUGUCAAACAAUUGUCUGCUGAAAAAAAACAUCCCUUUGUAUGAUGACAGCUCCUCCUCCUGGCAUAUGUCUGUUGAUAAUAUUGAUUUGGAUCCAAACUGUGUGAGUGUGUGAAGUGUUAAUGAGAACGCACAAGUGGGUUGCAUGGUCUCCUUUGUCAUCUCUAUCUCUCUGUUCACAGAGGCUAUUUAAGAAACUUUAACUGUUGCUGGGUUGGCUGUGUUUAAAUUUGUUUUUGUUUUGUUUUUUUAAAAUCAGCUUUUGUUCUAGUGUUAAUGAUAAUGAGACAUAUCGCUCUCGUUCUGUAUCUCUUUGUAUUAAUGUGUUUUUUGUUUGUUUGUUUUUUUGGCAGAUGAAAGCACUCUGGGCAACAGCACCCAUUAUGGUUUCCUUAUUUUUAGAUUCUAAUAAUGUGUUUGAGAAUAAAGUCAACGCUGCAUUGACAUGCAGUCAUUAC